ACUGAGGAACUGUGUGCACGCCCUUCUUCAACUGCCAGCAAUAAUGCCUGAGUGAGCGGCUGGGACGACCAGAGAAUUUGCAUCCGGAGCCUGGCGGUUUGUGUCACCCUGCCCCUUCGCAGAGCAAGAUGCGCUUUUGCGGGACGCCUGUUGGUUUGGAAAGCUCUGGCUUAUUGGCUUCUCCCACUUUGCUUUCCACUCCCACUCCUCCUAUUACUAUUUCUGCUGCUGCUGUUGCUGUUGCUGCUGCUGCUGCGACUCUUGAUCCGACUGAGUCUCAGACAGGCUCCCUGGCGCUGUCUCCACAUAAUUUUAGCAGGGCCUCCGUUUGCCAUACUACUAUUACCUGCCCUGCCCACACUGCCCGCCGAUUGCGCCCACGUGCUCCAGUCCUGGCCGAUAUCUGUGAACAAAGGACAUGAUAGCCUCCUCUCCCACGUCGGCUGCGCUUCUGCGCGCUGAUCCCACCCAUUCUCCUGCCAAAGCCUUUCCAGGUUGCUCUCAACACUACAGUCCUACAGCCGCCGCUUGCAGGCAUAACAAUAAUAACCUGUCCACGACUUCCCCUUUAAUAAGCAAUUCCAACCCACCUCAUUCUCCUAGACCUUCACGACCCCGGCGACGCUCGUCUGAUUCCCACGGCAGUUCGGGCGUCGAGGAAAUACGAUCAGCCUUUCGAAGGCAGACUGUAGAUGCGGGAACCCAGUACUCUCGCCCAGCUACACCAGCGAACAACAAGCUGAACCAUUCGGCUCCAACGGCUGCUGGCGAGACGAUAUCCGCAGAGUCCACCAAUGCCACUUCUGAACUUGCUACGUCACAACAAAGCCAGGAGGGCGUCCAGUCACUGACUGACUCGCAAAUGCCAUCGACUCUCGUAGGCUCGAAGCGCAACAUUACUGGUCCUUCUAAUCUUCUGGCUACGGAUGGCGAAAAGCUGCAAUCAAUUGACCCAGACAACCGGGCGGAAUCUCUCUCCAAGCGACUGCGCCCUGAAAAACCCGCUGUUAAAGUCCUUCCCUGUCGUUACGAGGAAGCAAAUCCCCGCGACCUCGUCGUUUUGAUCUCCAGUAUGUUAAUGGAACUUAUCCGCUUUAACGACCAAAUCCCCCUCCGCGAUGGCCGCCUCACACGGUUCCAUUCGCGCAGCCCUCCUCGAAUCUCCGUCCAUGACUACCUCCAGCGCCUAACAACGCAUGCCACCCUUUCCCCUCCUAUCCUUUUAAGUAUGGUGUAUUAUAUUGACCGAUUAUGUGCUCUUUAUCCUGCAUUUACAGUCUCGAGCCUCACUGUACACCGAUUUUUGAUCAGCAGCGCUACCGUGGCGAGUAAGGGUCUCAGUGACAGCUUUUGGACAAACAAGACUUACGCCAGAGUUGGUGGAAUCAGCAUCGCCGAACUGGCACUAUUAGAGUUGGAAUUUCUGUGGCGGGUUGAGUGGCGUAUCGUGCCUCAGCCUGAGGUCCUGGAGGAUUAUUAUCAGCGCCUCGUCGAGCGAUGUGACGAGUAUGUGAUUCAGCCGGGAAAAGAUAGUGAUGCCCCACCUACAGAGAAAGAUGAGACUGCGGCUACCUCAUCGGUUAUGCGCAAUGGAGGAAGCACCUCUGCUAUGGAUGCCACUGCCACUACAACAGCCAACACGAAAUAGGAAUCCGGAAUUUGACAGUCUCCUUCCGAUUGGUUAACUCUGCUCCUUGGAAGGAAUGCGGCGUAUCUCGAUGUCCAGUCUCAAUGGCUUUCGACUCUGGGGUUUUCAAUCUCCAAGGCCUCGUCUGGUUGGAAGGAAAUCAAAACAAUCCAGUUCAGUAUUUCCUAAGACACAUGGUGAUCUCUCUAGGUACACGAAUUGAGUCUUUAUUUGGUGGAAGCACAAAUCUCGAGGAUAUUUAAACACACUCAUAUAUAUACUGUACAUGCGUAUAUACAUAGCGUCUCUGGCGAUAGCAUUUUCUUCAAUGUCAGCCCCGCUCUCAUAGUU